CUUUUCACAAUGUUUAGUUCUACAAUUCAAAUUACAUAUAUGUCAUAUAUGUUAUUUUUUGCUGAGCUAAUUUAAAUCAUCUAAUUAUAAAUUAAGGUUCAGCGAUAACUUGGCGACAUCUUUGUUAUUUUGUUAUCAAGAACGAUAAAAGAAGAAAAUAGUAUCAGCAGGGUUAAAAAGUUUUUCAUAUGGUAGAGAGACAUGCAAAAGCAGUAAAGAGUAGACUUUUAAUUUUAAUUUAUUAUCUUGUUGUUGUUUGUUUGGUUUUUGCUGUUGUUGUUGUUUUGCGAUGUUCCUCUUCUUGUUUUUGUUAUUGUGGUGGUUUUUUUGUUGUUCUAUUGUUGGUUUUGUUGUAGUGUUAUUAUCGUAUCUUUAUUAUGUUUGUUCUUGAAUGUUAAGAGGUCUUCAUUACGUCAUGGAGAUCUCUCAUCAUUAGGCUUAAUCCACAUACACUUUUUUAUAUAAAAGUGGUGGAAAAUGGGAACUAAGGAAACCAUAGAUUUGUCUUUUUGCGGUAAAAUAUACUGGAAACAUAAGCCAUAAGUUUUAUUUUGCGAAACUUGUAAUGCGUAGGUUUUGGGUUGCAAAAAGUUGUAAUGGUGAGAAGGAAACUUUAGAUACGAAGACAAAAUAGGGAUACCUCAAACUAAGUCUAAAUUUCUAUUUUUAUAAAAAUCAAUCAAGGGGUCAUCCAUAAAGGACGUCAGCACCUUAGUGAAGAAAGGGUUAGGGAACAACCGAGGCAAAAUCGGACAUAGGGAGAGAGGGGGUUCAGCCGUGAGCAGAAAUCCUGUAGAGAAUUUUUUUUGCAUUUCUAGUUGAUUUAGUUGUCUUUUUAGAGAGAAAAUAACAUUAUACAAGUCAUUUUGAUAUUUACAUGAGAAGCAUUUUAAAUAGAGAAUUCUUAGUAGUUUUUUUAUUGUCUAGCAAAAGGUUUUCAACCAAAAAGCUGUACUAAAUAUCACAAUUUGCGUCCACAUGGAAAUAGGGAAUGGGGUGUUAAAAAAUAGGCAGACGAGUACGGGCGAAGGGGUUAAUAAAUCGGCAAAAUUUUGUAGAUUCUUUUUAUGUAUAGCCCUUAACACAGCAUGGCGUGCGAUAAUACAUGAAACGAAUAACAUAACAUAAACCAAAUGAAUCGCUUUUGUCAGAUAUUGAGACAAGAUUAACAUGAUGAUGUCAUUAGCCACAGAACUUAAUGUCUUUGAUGCGACUCUGGACAGUUAAAAUUGUUCUUUGCGUGUUUUGAAGCUUUAUGUUCUAUGCCCGUAUUACGUUAAUGUAAAUUAAAUCGUUUCUGAUUGAUAGUAAUUAACAUGAAAUAAGGAGUAAUCUCACUUCGCCUCUGUAAAAAUAUAGAGCAUUGAUUUAAAGCACGAACCAUUGAUAUUUUGCUAGGUCCCAUGCUGAUUUCAUUCUUAUUAGGCUUAGCACACAAGGAUAAGCUUUUAAACACUUCAUCUUAGAGGUUUUUUUACGACGUUGCUUGAGAGAACUUGCAGCUACCAUUAUGAUCAAAGUAAAAGAAGCUCUGCGCAAGGUGUCUUUGUCAGGAAAAAGAAGAGAUUCAGAUCCUCCUCCGCAGAUCAUAUAUGAAGAUAGUAAAACAGUACCACUACCAGUAUCGAUAUCUAACACGAAGGAGUUGUCAGGCUCUUAUCCUACGUUAAACGAAUUGACGGAUAAUCAAAAUAUAUCUUACGAAGAAAUAUUAAACAUUCGGAAAAUUACUUCCCCUCGGAGAAAAUCGGAAAACCUGAUAGAUUUCCUCAAUCUCGAUUGUAAGGGCGCUGAACUUUCGGCUCUGCUAGCAGAGAACAGUGAUAAAGAAAAAGAACCGCUUAGAAAAACUAAAAGUUAUUGUGACAACCGAACGUCGGCGAUACCAACACGCAGAAACUCUCUCCAGGGGUUACUAUUAAAACAGAGCAAAAGCUCUAAAUUGCGGACCCGAAGGGCAAACAUGACGCAUUCGUACGAACCAAACAAAUUACUUUCCAAAGCUAUAGCAGAUGGUUACGCUGAUCUUGUUGUUGGCUUGCUUCAAAGUGGUCAGGUGAACAUCAACAAAUUAAACAGUGAUGGAUACGCGCCAUUGCAUUUAGCAGCGUUCGAAGACAAAGCUGAUAUAAUUCGAAUUUUAAUAAAUCAUGGUGCUUUUAUUGACAUUUUGGAUAGUACAGGUUUCUCUCCGUUAGAGGUGUCCGUAAAUGAAGGCUCCUUUGAGUGCGCCCAAGUUCUUAUUGAAAAUGGUGCGGACCAGACUCUGAUUUUGGAUGGACACUUUGAUAAACGGAGAAGUCGAGCCUCUUCCAUGGAUGAUGAAUAUCAAAAAUAUUUAAAAACAAAAGCUAGGCAAUAGUUCUUAUCUGGUAAACAUGUUUUUUAUGCACUCUAUCUACAACAAAACAUCGACAAUCUAGAAAAAAAUAGCCAGAAUGCUGAAUUGGUGUUGACAAAAUUUCAAUUUCUUUCUUGAAUUUCUUCAUUUCUUUUCGCAGUUAACUCUACCUAGCAUUGAUUUCGGGUUUUUCCUCUUACAUAAUUUGGAGUUUUUUACUUUUAUAUAAAAAAGCUUGUAUUGAAAUAUCUAGGUUAGUUAAUUUGCACUUUUCAUUUUUAAAAUUACAUUUAUAACGAAAGUUUUUUAUUGGAUUAGAUAUUCCUUAUCCAAUUUACCGAAUUAAACCAUACAUGUGAUCCAAGCUUUGCGAGACGUAUACUUCGAGGUGGCACAAUGGUAACCGCUGAUAGACAGGGCGUAAUCAAUAGGGAAAAAGUAGUGAUACAUCAAGAUGCAUGAAA